UAUUUAGAGAUUGGUUAUCAAGGCAUCAUGAGGACAGUAGAAAAGCUGUCUACACGGCUAGUAAUGAAGUCUUGUCGUGCGGUAAAACUGAUUUAAUUAGACAUUCAAAAAGUCUAAUACAUGUUGAUAAUAUAAAUAAAAGUCGCAAUGUCAACCCAUCUGCCUCGUUGACUGUUUCUAAUGAUAAUACAUUUGUGAACCACGGUACUGUCAUCAAAACUUCUCCCUAAAUUCGCUUUCAAAUUCAUUUCCAUUUGGAACCUUAUGAUACCACUUAAUAUGUACGUGAGUGAGGCUGCGCAGAAGUUUGCGCGUGCGCGAGUAAUAUUCUCCCUAUCACCGGUGGAACGUCCCGCGGACGUCCGGUGUUUUUCGCUCGAUCAGGUUGACAGCGCCGAGAGGCCCCGUCCGCGCGGUCGGGACAAAAUGGCGGCGCCGUUCACGUUCUAGGAUCCGCGCGGGGCCCCUCGUCCCGCCGUGCACGGCACUGAUCCCGCUCGAUACGUCACUUCCAGGCGCGGCGGAGUGGAGAGCCCCGCGUCUCGUGCACGCAUGAAAGGCCCGCGCGCGCGCACGUGCAUGCGUGCGUGCGUGGUCGUGGUGGUGUGGCGAGCGCAGUAGGUUGAAAAUGGCCGUGCACGCGCAUAGCUCCGCCGCAGCGAUCGCCGAUCCCCGCGAGAGAUAGGCUCCUCGGUGCGGGUCGACGACGGGACGCAGUCCGCGUCAAGAGCGCCGUCGCUCCGUCCGUCCCUCUCCUUCUCCCAUGAACGGAUCCCGCGAGGCGAGACGCGCAGCGGAGUCGACCAGACGCGCAGCGGCUACACAUUCCGGCGGAUCUCACAGCGGUAGAGCGCGAGGGUAGGAGGGAGGGGGGGAAGGAGGCGGCCGUCGUGUCGAGGAUCCCGGGACUCGGACCGUCCUGUCAGCGAUCGCAGAUUUGACUCGAUUGCUACCCGUGCAUCUAAUUGUUGGAGAUUGUCAGCGAUGGGUCGCGAUCCUCCUCUCUGUGCCCACAGUAGCUUGAGCGCGACGACAAUCAUUUAGGAAGUGCGGCUCGGAGUUCACAAAGAUGCGGGAGUGGUGCGGCACGGUCCCCUGGUGUCCGGCAGGGAUCUGAAGGGAAUCGGCGCCCGAGUGCUCGAGGAACUUACCUUGACGCGGCAGAUAUAAGAAUAAUGCGGACUGUGUGAAGUGACAUUGUUUUUCCUUUUAAACGUACCGCACAUCGCAGCAUUGGGGAAAUGGUUACUGAGCUCUUUUGAGCGCCAACUAAGAGUUAUAUUUUACUACAAAUUUACUACGCGAUUGUUAAAAAGAAAGUUACACUUUUGUACGGCAAAGUGCGCGCGUGUUGUUGAGGCUUCGCCGCGCGUUCAAAUUGCAAUAGCAGUCUCGGUGCGAGCGUGCAAGUAUAUCGAGACACAGCUGCCAAAAUGUCGUUCCUGUCGAAUCUGAGGAAGGCCUUCCACUUCGGUGGCAACGACGCGAAGAAGAAGAAACUGUACAACAACAUUAAAAUGGACUGCAAUCCGGAGGAGUUUUGGGAGAUGGUGGGCGAGCUGGGGGACGGCGCGUUCGGUAAAGUUUACAAGGCACAACAUAAGCAGUCCAAUCAGCUGGCCGCGGCGAAAAUGUGCGCGUUAGAGGGGGAGGACGAUCUUAGCGAUUUCAUGAUCGAGAUAGACAUUUUGUCCGAGUGCAAGCAUCCCAACAUCGUUGAGUUACACGAGGCUUACUUCAUUGAGGGAAAACUCUGGAUGUUAAUUGAGUAUUGCGACGGUGGUGCUGUGGAUUCCAUAAUGGUCGAGCUGGAAAAGGCCUUAACAGAAUUGCAGAUUGCAUACAUCUGCCAGCACAUGACUAAAGGUCUUGCCUUCCUACACAAAUCCAAAGUCGUGCACAGGGAUUUGAAGGCGGGAAAUGUCUUGCUGACUAUGGCCGGCGGUGUUAAAAUAGCUGACUUUGGCGUGUCCGCGAAGAACAAGCAUACUCUGCAAAAGCACGACACGUUUAUUGGAACUCCGUACUGGAUGGCGCCCGAGGUUGUUCUGUGCGAAACAUUUCGGGACAAUCCUUACGAUUUUAAAGUGGACAUUUGGUCUCUUGGUGUAACUCUUAUAGAGUUUGCACAAAUGGAACCACCGAACCACGAAAUGUCGCCGAUGCGAGUGCUACUUAAAAUACAGAAAGGCGAUCCGCCGAAACUGGAUCAGCCCGGGAAAUGGAGUAAGGAAUUUAAUGAUUUUAUUGCUAAAGCACUUAUAAAGGACCCGGCCUCACGACCCACCGCUGAUGAUUUGUUAAGACAUCCGUUUAUAAGCCGAAAUUUAGAUCCAAAGCCUAUCAGGGACUUGUUACUUGAAUAUAAGGCGGAUGUUGUCGAAGAAGAGCUGGUAGAUGAGGAAGCAGAGGAGCAGCGCACAUCUCAGCUUCCUCUGGAGCUGGAUCAAAUCACAGAUGACUCCACUGCUACGCGUCUUGAUGCUGAUGUUAAGAUUCCCGAAAAAGAAAACCUCGUGGCACUGCCUGCGAAGAAAGAGGAGAGUCACAAGCGCGAGAUCAAUCGGGAUGGUGAGAAAGAGGACAAGAAUAAGAGAUUGCGUAAGGCUGAGUCCAAAGAGAACAUACAACCUCCUGCCGAGAGGAAGCAGGCACCUAAGCCACCAAAUGAGACAAGUGAGCGCAGAUUAUCUCGAGAUAAAGGGCCGGCGCCUCCGCCACCACCGAUGCGUCAAGAUAGCGAGGAGAAAAAGAAGAAAGAUGAGGAAAGAGAGAACAUUCCGAAAACCGUCGAGAAAGUUGCAAACCUGCAAGUAGAUAGACAAAAAUCUACCGAAGAUAAACCGCAUGUGAAUAAGUUGUCGCAAAAUGAAAAGACGGCGGAUCAACAGGUGAUAAAAGUUAAGGAGCAAAAGAGUUUAGAGAUCGAAGAUCAGACGCAAAAUGAAUUGGACAAUACCGAGAAGAUAAAAAAAGUAGAGAGCGAGGGUAACGGUAAACUAUUUGACAAUAUAAGAAGAUUUGAGAGUCAACAGAAGUUACUGAACAAUAAGUCGAGCUCCACCUCAAAGAAACAAUUGAGUGAGAAACGCAAGUCGGCACCUGUAAAACCAGAGAUGAUCGAGGACUUGUCCAAGAUAAUAUACAAGCAGUCAUCUUUUGAAGAUAAGAACAGGAUGAAAAAUAAGCUGUCAUCCGUUGACGACGUAACGAAUUACGAGUUGCAAUCUCGAGACAAGGAGGUUUACAAGAGUCUGGAGGAAAAGCGGAAAUCUGUCGGGGAGAAAUUGAAUGCCGUAUUGGAGAAGCGGUUAUCCAUGGACCACAAGAAACGAAUAAGCGACGGUUCUGUGGAAACAUCGAAGCACGCAUCCGUCGCGUCGACGCUCCUAACGGAGAAGAAUAACGUUAAGGCUAAUUCUACGGAAGAUAUUAAGACGCAAUUUGGCGUAACGAAGACUGAGAGUUCCGCGAAAAGUCGCAGCGCGGGAUCGUCCAGAAAUGACUCUCUGGAAAACUUUUCGGACGAGUUGCAUGCUAAAACAGUUAGUAGUAAGACGGACUACAAUCAGGAGGACGCGGCGAGCGAUGACAAGGGCUUGGAGAAACAAGAUCCGGGAAUUAACGUAUCGGUGAUUACGUCGACGCCGAUCAGAAGCAGAAACGGUUCGAGAAGAAGCAGCGGGGACAACAUAGUCGUUAUUACUGGAAAAGCUCAGCCCGAACAAGAAGUACGCUUAAAUACAUCGACCGUCCAUAUUACUGCCGACUCGCCGGAUAUGUCGAACAGUCUAGCGAGUAACAUAAGCCAAGUAACCGUCGUGACGACGCAUCCGCCCGUAUUGGUGGACGCGCCCUCGACGACGUCCACGACGACGACGCCUCUUCCGCGACGCACCUCGCCGACGUCGGAGGUCGUUAUCGUCGCCAACGAGAUGAACAAGACUCAGGUCAACGAUAAUUCUAUCGACGACGACGCGUUUACUAGUCUGGAUAGUCUGGAAUACACGCCGCAGGAACAGCCUAUCGUACUUACUGACGUGUCCAAGAGAAUCGGCAAGAAACUGGACGAGUCGGAGGUGGUCAUAGUGAGCCCCAUCGUGGACGAAUUGCAGGACACCAGUCACGUCUCGGUGGUCACUGUCGGCGAGGAUAAGGAACAAGUGAAGGACUCGUCGAUAUCUAAGAAGCACAACGUUAUUCGUACCGGCUCGUCUCACAGCGAUCUGAGUUCAAACGAAAGACUGAGCUUGAGGAGCGACAGCGGGGACGAGAGCGGCAAAGUGAUAGUCGCCAGCACGACCGUCGACUCAUCGGACAUGGGUGAUUACGAGAGAAACGCGAAAAAGCUGAACGGACUGAUCAAGAACGAAAUGCCGCAUCACGCCGACGAUAGAAUCGUGAAGACGGUCAAGCCGAAGGAAGUCAACGUGAAGAGUUUCGGUAAGGAGAAACGAGUCUCCCCGGACAGCUUCGAGGGUUCCAGAUCCCAGAGCGAUUCUAGCUCUAUAAGGUCGCACACGCCGAGUAAGAGCAUCGAUCGUUCCGAUGCCGAGUCCAUUUCGACGACCAUCAGUCAGGACAGCAGGGAGUCGAACAAGGAAAACCGUUUGAAUCAGCCGCAACAUACGGAGGUUGACGAGGAGGUCGUCCUACGUCGAAAGCCCGAUUACAGUCGCGAGAUGUCCCGGCCAACCAGGACGAAGGAAGACAUACAGAUGAUGAAUCUGAAGAAGAAGACGCGAAAGCGCACGAGAAAGUUCGAGAUCGACGGUGUCAUGAUGACGACGACGACCUCGAAGGUGAUAUACGGCGAUGACGAGAACGGUAAGGUGUAUGACGAUCAAAUAUUCAGGAAGCAGGAGCUGCGGGAGUUGAAGAUGCUGCAGAAGAUGGAGCAGAAACAGUACCAGGAUCUGUCGCAGAAGGCUCAGUUCAACAAGGACCAGCAGGAGAAGCGAUUUGAGCAAGAACGACAGAUCUUGGAGCGAAGUGCCGAGGCGGAUUUGGAGGCACUCGCCCGACAGCAGAGACAGCAAAUCGAACGCGCCGAGGCGCAGCAGGAGGUCGAUCUGCGACUGUCGUCCAAGAAGAUCCGGAGCGAGCAGGAGAGGGAGCUCAAGCAAUUCCGAGAGGGCCUGAAGCAAGAAUUAAGAUUGCUCAAGCAAGAAAUAGACUUGAUGCCAAAGGACAAGCGGAAGAGCGCGUUCAAGAUACGGAAAGAGAAGCUCGAGGCGGAGCACGAGGAGCGGGAGAAGCUCUUCCUGGAGAAGCUCAACGAGAGUCAUGAGAUGUCGUUGAGACGACUGUCGGACAGCCAUCGCGAGAAGAUCGCGCUGAUGGAGCGGCAGUUCUUGCAGCAGAAGCAGCAACUGAUGCGCGGCAGAGAGGCGGCCAUCUGGGAGCAGGAGGAACGGCAGAUACACGAGCGGCAGCAGCUGCUCAAGAAGCAACUCAAGGACAUUUUCUUCCUGCAGAGACAUCAGAUGCUCAUACGGCAUGAGAAGGAGCUGGAACAGAUGAAGAGAAUGAAUCAGAGGAAGGAGGAGGAACUGAUUAAGCGACAAACUGUGGAACGUCGGAACCUACCUAAGAGAAUUCGCAAUGAAAUGAAGGCGCGCGAGAUGAUGUUCCGUGAGUCGAUGAGGAUCUCGAUGUCGUCCGUGCUCGCGCCGGAUCCCGACGCCGAACGGGAGAAGCUCAAGAAAUUUCAGGAGAACGAGAAGAAGAGAUACAGGGCGGAGCAGCAGAGAUUCGAACUGAAGCAUUCCAGACAGCUCGAGGAGGUGAGGGCGCAGAGCGACGCUACGAUCAAGGAAUUGGAGCAAUUGCAGAACGAGAAGCGGAAGAUGCUGAUGGAGCACGAAACGCUCAAGUUGAAGGAGCAGGAGGAGGCUUACGGCAGGGAAAUUCGCGAGUGGAAGGCGCAACUUAAGCCACGAAAGCAGAAACUCGAGGAACAGUUCGCGUUACAAUUGGAGGAACAGGAGGCGAUUUACGGGCCUAGUGCGAUACCACUGUGCCUACCGGCUGAUCUUCCUGACCUGACGCAUCACACGACCGAGUCUACGCGUAGCUCGUUGUCCUCCGUGAGCGAGGGCUGAGGACAUUACGAGGAUACGAAAGAACAUGUAUAAUCCGCGUAAGACGUCUUCGUGCUCGAAGCGUUCCUUAGCUGAUAUUAGCGUCGUCGCGAUACCAAUCGUCACCGCUGUUUGUACGUGUAUAUAUCGCGGUAAUUCGUUUUGGAACUGAAUAUUAAAUAAUUUUCAUCUAGGCACGGCUGUCAUUUGUGUAUGUAUGAAUAAUUGAGCCACCGGGAGCAACGGCAGUAACGUGAUUUCGAAAUUUUUACACGUCGGGUUUGUAACUCUUGGAUAACGUCGGGGUCAGUGUUCCUUCGAAAACAAGUACCAUUCGAUUAUUAAAAAUCGAGAGCGCCGAUCCUUGGUGACGAAGUACAGAGCUUCCGAAUCUGAGGGGGAAUAUCUCGCGAAUUGUUGUAUGCGGGAACCAGUUCACAAUUAGACAUGUGUUGUCUAAAAUGUAUCUGUACAGAUUGUUAUGUAAUUUAUACGCUGCGAUAACGAUAACGCAUUGGUAAACUGAAAUUAAUCCGCCCAUGUUUUGAUCUUGGAAUCUUGUUGCAAUGCGAAAGACACGCACUGAUAUUCCUCGGAUCAUGAAAACUGAAACUAAAAGCCUUUCCUGCGCAUUAUGUAUAGGAUGGCGCCCAUAAAACCGGCCUCGAACGCAAAAUGCAAGUUACAAAGACUGUUUGGGGCCGGUUUUAUGCACGUCACCCUGUCUAUACAUAUAUUAUCAAAGUUAACUCCGUUAACGCGUCGGUGCAAUUAGUAAUAACUUUGAGGGAGGAUAACUGUUGUGUAUGUAUGUUUAUAGAGAGAGUAUGAUUUUACAGCUAUACAAUUCACACAGGCACGGAAUGUAUAUUUUUUUACAUUUUAGAGAAUUAUAUUGUAUACCAAUCAAUUCAAUCCAUGUUCGAGUACUGCUCGAAGAACGAGCGUUAUAGGAAAUUUGUUACAUGUAAUUAUAUGAUGGCGGUGAAUGAUGCUGAUGACCAGAUUUGUUUUAAGCGAUCAUAAUUUCGAGCUAUAUUAUAUACAUAAAAUCGCUGAUUUGUACAUGGUAACAGUUCAUAUAAUAAUAAUGUUAAGCUGUAGUCACCAUGUUCGGUUAUAGUUACGUUAUUUAUAAAAAAAAAGGUUUAUAAUAGCAACGCGAGUAUUCUACUUCAGACGAAUAUUUUAGUAAAUACCCGGUCAAACUCGGAUUACUUUGUUCCUUGGGUCGCGCCCGAUUUUUGCUCCGACAUCUGUUACGUACGUUUGAAUUAUUUAAAAUUGUGCAAUGUUGUGAUAAAUAUUAUGUUCUCGUAUUUGGAUAUGUCGUCUAUUUCCAUUUGUCGUCGCAUAAUAUUCCGGAACACAGGUAAAUACGUAUCUAAACGCACUCUCCAAGAGCGAUCAACUCCGUUCAUAUGAUGAAGCUGAAAGAAGGGCCUUUUGUGAAAUCACCUCGCGCCUGAUAACGAAUACGAUGCUGCUACUUACGAAUAGGACAUGAUGAUUAUAUUAUGAGAAACAAAGUAAUCUAGUUUUACAUUGUACUAAAAAUCAAAGGACAACACCAAAUAUACGUCGUACGUUUGCAUGGCUGUGUGCACGGCUCAUGACGUUCUAGAGAAUCUCUCUUGCGAUACAAUGCAUACUUAAAACGAGCAUGCGUGGCUAAUGCAAGCUGUAGAUAAAGAGUACUUGUAAAAAAACACCUCUUUUUUAAUUGUAAAUUAAUCUCGCUGCGAAGUUGAUUAGUUCGAUACAUAUAUGUAUACAUGCGGAAUGUCUUAGAUUCCCUCUCAACGGACUCCUUGCAUGGGAUGAUUUGUGAAAUCCAUUUUUCUUUGAGAGGAAAAGACAGAUCAACGAACUUGUUAACGAAAAUGUGUGACUGAGAGGAAACGUGGUAGAGGGAAAUGGGACGUCUGCAAAUAUGUAUUAUUAUUCGGAGAGUUUCGUGUACAUAGAAUUCUGAUAAGCUGUCUAAGGAACUGUAAUCUAGUAUAAAUAUCAUGUUACGACGACUCGUUGAGAAGCAAAUUUCUUUCCUUCUUCAAUAAAAAGUACCGUGCAUAUCUCUUUUAUAUAUCACGACAAGAUUAAUUCUGUAGAGCAUUUAUAUCAAUUUCCACGUCGCCGUCGAGAUCAUUAUAGACGAUUUUAUCGAUAUUACAAGCCAUUGACACUCCCCCUUGUGUCAGUGAUACGAUUAUGAUUGUAAAUUAUUCAUCAUGUUAAUUUACUUGUAAGUAUUUGUUGAAAAUACACGAAUUGCGAAAGCGUG